UUAAAUAACAUUCCACCUGGUUGAUUGGCCGAAUUUUUUUAGUCCACAAAAAAACGCGUCGCAGAUGAAUUUUAAUUUCGUAAAAACGCCCAAAACCUGCCCUCCUGUGUUCGUUCUGCAGCACAAAGUGUUUAAUAAUGUGCAGUGAGACGAUAGAUUUAAUCAAAAUGAAUGAAUUCAACUGCAAUUCAGCAGUGCAAUUGGCUGCUGGGAGAGCGAAUGUGUAGACAUGAAAUAAAAGCAAAAAUUUACAACGAACUGCGAAAAGCAGCAACAGCAAUAGCAACAUCAGCAGCAAAAGCACUAGCAGCAGCAGCACAGCCACAAGCAACGUCAACGGAUGAUUGCUUGGUCGGUCGGUUGGUUGGUUCGUCGAUGCUAAUAAUUUCUCCGGGGGCUCUCUCUCUCUAUCUCUCUCUUGCACCCAUCUGGCGCUCCGCUGGACAAAGUGCGAAAAGAAAGUAUAUACAUUUAUAUGUACGUAUGUAUAUAUAUGUAUAUGCAUAUGCAUAUGAGUGUGCCAGUGUGUCGGUGUGUUUAUGCUGUUUAGCAACGAAAUCAAACGAAUUAGCUUAAGAAUGUUUGUGUGCAAAUAUUAAUUAUAAGAAACGCAAAAGUGCAAAAAUGUUUACAAAGAAAUCGCAUGCCGAUGUUAAAAAGUCGACGGCCAAACUGCAGGAUUGCAAAAAGGAUUCCGCUUCCCGCCUACGCCACCUGCGCACAAUAUUAGAUAAUGUGGAUUAUGAGGAGUCAAAGUCGCUGUUCGAGACAAAUUAUAGCCAUGUCUAUUUCAUACUCUACGACACCUUCAUUCAGGCCGAGGCCAACCUUAAGCAAAAAGAACUUCCGUUUCACAUUGUGCACAAGGCGCAUCGCGAGGAAUUGGAUGGCUCGCUAUGGCUGUUGGAGAAGAUUCUGUGCCUGCUGCCGGAGCUGUUGGCUCGUCGCUGGCAGUGCCACUCGCUCAGCAGGAUCAUGGCGAAGCUGCUCCAUUUGGGCAACUCGCCCAAGCUGCGACGCGAGGGUGUGAAAUACUUCCUGCUGUGGUACCAGACGUUGGGCGACAAUGCGCCCGGCUAUGUGCACGCCAUGUAUGCGGAUCUCAUACCCGGCCUCAUUGUGCCGCAGAAGGGCAUGGUCGGACCCGAUACGGAAUUCAGCGCCUCAGACUUCCUCUCGCAUCCCAAUAUGAAAGCAGAUGGGGGCAUGGCCUCCGUUUUCCAUGACAACACAUUUUCACAUCCGGUGCAGAGCUCCGAGGUGGUUGCCUUGCUGCCGCCCUCGUCCAGCGAGAAGUCCGCACCGCCAGAUCCACGGGACGGCCUUGAAGUCCUGCUUAACAGCAUGGUGCAAACCGCUGCGUGUCUGCGUUGGCGCGACAAUCGAACGCAGAAGGAUCAUAAAGCAUUUGCGUUUCUGCUGCAACGGUUUAAGGAGGUCUUUCUGCCCGUGUUCUCGCCGAAUUUUGACGCGACCACCUCGAUCUAUAAUCCACGUCUCGAGAUGCCCGUCAUGCGGUCGAUACACAAGAAGGAGGAGGUCAUGGCCUCCUGCGUGGUGGUGCUUAUCAACUGGGUUUCACGCUUCACGCACGAGCGUCUGCUCAGCCAUCGCCUGGACUGUGCCCUGCACAUCGAAGGCGUGGAUCAUGCCCGACUGCUGGGCUAUCAGCAGGGCCUCAUUGUGCGUGAUGUGUUCUAUGUGAGUCGCGAGAACAUCAACUUUGUGCACGAGGUCUAUCGCCAGGCGUUCCUGCUAAACUUCACAUCCAAGGCACAAAUCGAGGCCAUACGCACGGCCAUUGCUGUCUACCGGGAUUGGAUGACGGGCACAACACCGCCGCCGUUCCUGCUGGAGCCGAAUGAUGAGCAGGGCACAGCCGCUCCAACGAGUCUCAGCAAUGCGGGCGGCACGCCACGCAGCCAGCGUUUGAGGACACCCUCCUAUGUGGGCGCCAUGCAGGGCAACAGAGAGCAGCAGCAGGUCCUGCGCGCCGGCAUGCAGAACGUCCUGCAGGUCUUCGUUACCAAUGCGGCCAAUGUGUUCCUCGUGAACACGGCCAACUUGAAUAUAUGCUUUCCCACACGCUCGCGGGACUAUCGUUCGACGCCGCUGCAGGAGCAGACGGAAAUCUGCAAGAAGGUGCUGAACGUGUAUCGGACCAUGGUGAUGAACACGCGCAUGGAGUCGCGCACCUGGGAACAGAUGCUACUGGUCUUGCUGCAGGUGACGUCUGUGGUGCUGCACCAGAAUCCGCCACCCAGCGGCUCGAAAAGCGCCAGCCUGGGCGGCAUUCUCGGCUCGGCCAUAUUUCAGACGCUCAUCGUCACCUGGAUACGGGCGCAUACCAAUGUGCCGGUGAAUGUGAUGCUGUGGGAGAAGUUCCUCACCGUGCUGCAGUCGCUGACGCACCGCGAGGAGCUCAUUGUCGAGUGGAGCAAGACGAUACAGACGCUGACGCGCGUCUUCUCGCGCUAUACCUACGGUAUCAAUCUCUUGGAUCUGCCGCUGGAUCGCGUGGCCGAGACUCGCGGCAAGCGGCGACGCAUUGGCAGCGUCUGGCAGGGCUCCGGCAGCGCCGCUAGCGCUGGCACCGGUGCGACUGCCAGCGUACAGCGGGAGCGCGAAAGCAUCGCCGAGUCGAACAGCAGUCGCUCCGACGAGAACUCGCAGGCGGGCAGCAAUAACCAAGCACCGUUGCUGCAGCCCGCCAACCGCACGCAUCAGCACUCGCAGUCCCAUGGCGGCUCUGGCCAUGGCGUGCGUCCUGUGCCACUGACGCCCAUGCUCAGUCGCAGCUACAGCGAGGGCAGCCUGGCCUCGGCGGCGCGCAAUUCGCGUAUCCGCCGACGACGCCCUGUGGCGUCCAAGACUGAGGCCGCAGCGGCCAUACGCUCGGGAUUGGCUGCGCCGAGCAGCGGGCAGGAUAUGAGACGGGCCAUGUCGCUGGAUUCGCUGGCGCCUAUACGUAAGAGCCGACGACGUCGCGGCUCGCAGCAGGCCGUGGACGAUAUGGAUGGCUAUCAGGAUGGGGUCGGUGAGGUGGAGGACACUGAGAGCGGCGCCGGCUCGCGCAGUCCGUCGCCGACGGCCAGCAGCGGCAUCGAGGGCGGCUCCAUCAAGGAUGCCCAGCUGCAUAUCGAUGUGCUGGCCGCGGACUCUGGCAGCCUGGAGGAUGGCAACUCGGGCAGCUUUGGCGCUGGCAACUGCGGCUCCGAGCGACGCUCGAUUAUGCUCGGUGGCACGGCGACGGGCUGGCUGCCCGACUCCACGUCCAUCAUGUGGAAACGCAUGCUGGGAGCCCUGGGUGACGUGAAUCGCAUUCCCAAGUCAGAGCUGCAUGCGCAGGUCUUCAAGCAUCUGCUGGAGAUGACCCAGAACCUGAUCAAAAUCAAGCAGAAUCAAGGCAUCUCAACGGACAACCAAAGCACGCCGCCACCGCCACAGCUGGUGCCGCCGAUUGGAAUUGUGGCACCCUGGUGCUACGGCGCCUUGACCCUGGAUCGUUCCUUCAAGAAGGGCAAGCUCUGGGCACUGCAGUUGCUCUGCUCCUUGGCCGUGCAGGGCGCGGUGGGCAUGCAGCAGCUGGCGCUGUUCUAUCACGCGCUGCAUCAGCUGCUGACGGGCGAGGAUCGGGAUCUGAUCUAUGCGAUUAUGAAGCACCUGGAGGGGCCGCGGCUGCUCAGCCUGCUGCUGCCGGGACACACGCUCCUGCUGCUGGAUCUGGUGCAUGCCAGCGCCAUAUUGCUCACCUCGCUGGAAGUGACGCGCAACACACCGCGCGCCGAGGUGGCUGCUCUGCUGGGCUCGUUGCUGGCCUAUCCGGCCACACUGUUGCCGCGACCCGUGCUGCAGCCGACGCCGCAGCAAUUCGAGCUGAUGGAAUGCCCCGAUCUGCAGGAUCACAUACUCAACAUAAUGCUGCGCUGUGCCCGGCGCGAGCCCUCGGCGAAGGCCCGCUGCAUUGCGCUCUGCCAGCUGGGCCAGUGGCUGCUGCUGCGUCUGUCGCAGCCGACGCGCAAUUCGCAGCAGCGCGACAAGUUCCAGCAGUCGGUGCCCCAUCCCAAGGAUGUCCAGCUGCCGAAGGAUACGAGCGCACAAAGCUUUCAUCCGCGCAUACGGGAGGUGCUACAGGUGCUGCUCCAGGCGCUGCAAUUCAAGCAUCACACCAUCGCAGUCAUCGCCGUGGACGCGCUCAAGCUGUGCACGGAGCGUGGACAGCAGCUGGCGGCCAUUGAGCGUGUGCCACAGCUGAUCAUCACGGCACUGUGCCGGGCCCUGGAAAUACAGAACGUGUCGAAGCCCAAGGAUGCGGACAAGGUGGUGCUGACCUCGUUGAUGCUCUGCCUCGGCGAGUUCUGCAUGGCCAUACCGGCUGCCCUGAUGCUGGCGCCCUACAACGACCAGGGCGACACGCUGGUGCUGCAGGUGCUGCGGGUUCUGCUGCAGGUGGCGUCGGGCGCACCGCGCCACGAGCGCGUCAAGCUCACAUCGGACGAGGAUUUCGACAUGCACAUUGCCAGUGACGAUCUGCAGGGCGAUGGCCGCCUGCCGGAGGCUAGCUACCAGACAUCGGAGACCAUACAGGCCUGCAUCUCGGCGAUUCGACUGUGUGCGCGGGCCGUGGCUAUGCAUCUGGUGACGCAUCUGGGUCACUUUCCCAUGGGCAUUGGUGCUUCGCGGCUGAGCUCGAUGGUGGAGGAGCAGGAUGACAUCUAUGGCGUGGCCAGCGGCGGUCAGUCGGGCAGUCAGCUGGAGCGACGCGACUCUAUGGAGCUGCCCUCGGUGGUCAACGCACAGAAUCUGCAGCUGUUCAUGCUCAACACGGGCGUCGUGGCCAGCUUUAUAGAGCUGCCCACGCUGAAGCUGCCCGGCGGAGGCAUUACAGCCGGCCUGGUGACUGCCGAGAAGCAGGUGCGUGUGCUGAUGCGUGACUUGAAUGGCAAGGCGUGCUGGGAUGCCUCCAUACUGUACUCGGAGCCGCGCAAAGACAAUGCCAUACCAACGCCGGCGCAUGCACAGUACAGCUCGGAGCGCUACGAUGGGCCGGCGACGCUGGCAAAGGUAUGCCAGUCCAUGGACUCGUUGCACGUGCAGCAACAGCAGCAGCCGCAGCUGCCGCGACACACGCUGCGCCAUCGACCGCCUGGAGUGCUGCCACUGGCCAAGGAUGUGGCGCCCGAUCUGGACCAGCUGGACGACAUGCUGGCCUACAUAGGGCACACCAGUCCUGAGUGCGUGCCGCCCAACAUCUCGGAGCUGAAUGCGCCCAGCCUGAGUCCGCUGAGCAGUGCCCAGGAGGCGCAGGCCAUAUCCGUCAUACUCAAUCAGCGCGUGCUGGAGCAGGAAUUCGUGGCUCACUCAGCCCAGCAGCCGCUCACGGGCGCUGGCUCCAGUUCGUCGCUGCUGCAGCCGGAUCAACGGUCGCUGCACAGUGCAUCCGCUUCAUUUGAUUCGUUUACGGGCGCUGGCAGCUUGCCUGGCCGGGUGGAGACACCAUUUCAAUACUGUCGCCUGCUGUUCUCCCAUCUGGGUCUGGCCGGCUGGGAGCGGCGCUCGCGCACUCAUCUGCUGCAGCGCAGCGAAAAGCUGUUGCGCGAGCUACGCAACGUGGACCUGCAGAAGUGCCGGGAGACGCACAAGAUGGCCGUCAUCUAUGUGGCCGCCGGGCAGGAGGACAAGACGAGCAUCUUGCGUAAUACGAAUGGCAGCAGCAUGUACGAGAUGUUCGUCUCGGCGCUCGGCUGGGAGAUAGAGCUGGAGACGCACAAUGGCUUUCUGGGCGGCUUGCCGCGUCAGGGCUGUGGCGCCACAGCACCCUACUAUGCCACGCCCUUCCUGGAGGUUGUCUACCACGUGGCGACGCGCAUGCCCUCGGACUCCUCGGAGGCCAUGCUGCUGAAGACACGUCAUCUGGGCAACGAUGAGGUGCACAUUGUUUGGAGCGAGCAUCAUCGCGACUACAGACGCGACAUACUGCCCACAGAGUUUUGCGAUGUGCUUAUCGUUGUUUAUCCGCUGCGCAACGGUCUGUUUCGUGUGACGGUCAAUCGCAAGCCGGAGGUGCCGUGGUUUGGGCCGCUUGCCAACGAGAGCGUUGUAAGUGGCGCCUGCCUGGCCACGCUCAUACGCGCCACGGCCAUCAAUGCGAGUCGCACCAAGCGCGCCGCCCUGCCGCUCUACCAACAAUUCUAUGAGGAGCGUAAUCGUUCGCUGGAAAGCGUCUCAUCACGGUACAAAGAGAGCACCACGUUCGAGGACUUUGCCAGUCGCAUUUACAACCCCAUGCCGGUGUCCAUUCUGAGCACAUUGCGUGAAUCGAAUACGAGCAGCUCGGCUGCACCGCUGGCCGCCGCCUUGAUUGAUCAUAAUCGCGUCUCUGUCAAAGGUUGGGUACAGGCAUCCAUCGACGCGGGUCCAACGCUGGGCAUAGCGCCCUCUGCCUCAGCUGGGUCGACGGCAGCCAUGGAGGCCAACUCUAAUAGCAGCAUUACCUCGGCAUCACCUCGCGGUCCUCGAAAACUGGGCGCGCCCUUUAAGGGUGUGACCAAGAAGCAUUCGCUGCAACACAUUGUCGUGGGCGGCAGUUCCGGUGGCAGUGCGGCAGGCGAUACGCCACCAGAGAGUCCUACACUGCCGCAGCGGCGCAUCAAAUAGACUAAAUUACGUACUGGCUAACGUUGCAACAACAACAGUUGCAACAACAACUACAACUACAACUACUAAUAUGUAAUAACAUCCCCUAACUUAACUCAUUCCCCACUAAAGAAACACGAAAGUCCAGAGCCAGGCGGCUACUCGAAUAGCCAACAAUCCACGCGGAGUUCUAUUGGAACAAGAAUAGUAUUGCAACAA